CUUCAUUUACAUCAUUUCUCUAUCUCUCUGUGUUUUUUCUUCAAACAGAAAAUAGUUGCUGUUGGUAUGGAGGAUCAGUUUCCCAAAAUGGAAACCUUUAUGCACAAGGAAUUGGCAGCUCAAAGUAGUUUUCAUGGAAUGGCAACAGGAUCAAGAUAUUUUGGUGAUCCCACCAGUUGGGGUGCUCUAGCUGGGGCUACUUGUCAUGUAGAUGUUGGAAAUAAUGGCACGAAAUCGCCAUCACAAUCGUCUCCCGAAAGAUUGUUUUCGAGUUCGGAAUCGAGUUCUUCGGCAGACGAUCUGGUUUCAGGAACCAGAAGCUUUCAUCCAAACAAGUUUUCAAACAACUUGGCAAGGAUCAAAGCCCAAACAAGCUGUCGAUCAACUUGGCAAGGAUCAAAGAUGUGAGCCUAUGUCAUUAUUUCCAAACACUUCAUUCUCCAUGCCUCAACUAGGCCAAAUUCAUUUCCAACCAAGUAAUGAUUGGCUCAAAAUAAAUCAAACCUUGGCAAGCUAUUCUAUUAAGGGAUUUAAUGACUAUUGGCUUAGAACUACGACCACACAGCCGAUGAAAUACACCGGUCGAAGAUUGCAGAACCAGCAUCAAAAGCCUUCAUUUUCAUCAGCUUCAACAUCGCCGGGAAAGCUGUUUAGAGGAGUGAGGCAAAGGCACUGGGGCAAAUGGGUUACAGAGAUUAGGUUGCCGCGAAACCGGACGAGGGUUUGGUUAGGGACUUUCAACACAGCAGAAGAAGCUGCCAUUGCUUAUGACACGGCAGCUUACAUGUUACGAGGAGAUUAUGCGCAUUUGAAUUUCCCAGAUCUUAAGCAUCAACUUAAGGCCAAUUCAUUGAAUGGAACCACAGCUGCCCUUCUUGAAGCAAAGUUACAAUUAGCAAUAUCACAAGGCAACAAUAUUUCUGUUCAAAAGAAGCACAGUGAUGAUCCACCACGAACAUCACCAGAUAAGAUUAUACAUGACAUGAAUGCUACAAAACCCAAAGGUUUGAGCCAAAACACAACAAGAGAAGAGUUGCAAUUUGAGUUGGAAGGCAAAACUGGAUGUCACGAAGUGAUUCACGAGAACCAGAAAGGUCAAGAGGUUGUAGCAUCUGAUGCUGAAGCUGUUCAGUUAAGUAGAAUGCCUUCCUUGGACAUGGACAUGAUCUGGGAUUCUCUUUUAGUCUCUGAUUCAUGAACGUUUUGCCUUCUUUCUUUUCACAUUUAGUAUGAUGUGAAGAUUGUCUAGACAAGAAUUUUUUUAAAAAAAUUUCUUUCAUUGCCAGAUAUUAGGAUCUACAAUGCAAUCUUCUUAAAGUUUAUAUUAUGCAUAAAUAUUGAUGUUCUCUA